CUUACUCUCAGCCCCUCUCUCACGCCGUCAACAGCCCCUCGCCGUCGACACUGUUGGUCCGUUCUGUUCUCCUCCGCUUCCAGUUGUUCCCGAGGCUACAGAAUCACAGAUAUUGUUUUCCCCUCUCUCGGCUAGCUAAUCGAACAAUGUUUGAGAUCUAGGGGGAUAAUCUCCUUGUCGCUUGAGGACGAUCUUAUCCUGCCUUUUGGUUUGGGAUUAUAUGCUUUUUGGACAAUAGAUGGCAACACUUCCACCAUCACUUGCAAUACGCCCCUGCUGUCUAAUUUGUGGAGCCAGUCAAUCUUCGAAAUCAUCCCCUGCCUAUCAUUACAUAUGUAGAAACCAAAUCAGAUAUGGCAUUGAAAACACAGAUUUGGAAAGAAAGCUAAUAUGUGGAGAAGUUGCUAAAACUUCUUACCGGCAUCUUAAUUCGAAAGUUUAUGCUACGUCACGAGUUUUUAUCGAGGAAACAGAACAGAGAGUCACAACAAUAACAGAAGCUGAAGAUAUGUUGAAGUCAUUGACUUAUUUAUUUUGGACAGAAAUUGGUGGUCAAGUGAAAGUUUCUGUUAGAAAGAAAAAUGUCAAAUAUGCUGUGUAUGUUGAAGUUUCAUCAUUGCAACUACAUGGCAGUGAUGAUAGACUGUUAUUGAGUUGGGGUAUAUACAGAGAUGAUUCAUCAUGUUUCAUACAUCUGGAUGCUCAGAGUUCGACGCCAGAUGGGAGAGCCACAACCAGGGAAACCCCAUUCAUACAAAACACCAAGGGAAGGUUUGUGCUUGAGUUGGAUUUUGAAGAAAAACAAAUUCCCUUCUAUCUCUCAUUUCUGUUAAAGUCGUCAUUAGGUUCUGAUCCAAGUGGCUCAGAAAUUAGAAGUCAUAGGAAGACAAACUUCUGUGUGCCGGUUGGUUUUGGCAGCGGUUAUCCAGCUCCUUUGGGUCUCACCUUUUCACCUGAUGGUUCCAUGAACUUUUCAAUAUUUUCAAGAAAUGCAGAGAGUGUGGUAUUAUGCUUGUAUGAUGAUAUGACCACAGAUGAACCCACUUUAGAGCUUGAUCUAGAUCCAUACACCAAUCGAUCAGGUGAUGUCUGGCAUGCCUCACUCGAGAGUGCAUGGACCUCUGUGAGCUAUGGUUAUCGAUGCAAAGGGGCUCUUACUCAGAGAAAUAAAGUUGACACUGAUGCUGGGGAAAUCCUUCUAGAUCCAUAUGCUAAGAUCAUUGGGAAUUCAAUUCCUGGUAAUCGUGGAUCUGGGUAUCUUGGACGAUUAUGCAAGGAACCUGCUUUUGACUGGGGAGAUGAUGUCCAUCCUAACCUACCGAUGGAAAAACUAGCGGUUUAUCGUUUAAAUGUGAGACACUUUACUGAGCACAAGUCUAGUCAGCUACCUAAAGAUGUGGCAGGGACCUUUUCUGGUCUGACUGAGAAGCUGCAGCAUUUUAAAGAUCUCAGCAUGAAUGCUGUUUUAUUGGAGCCAAUUUUCUCAUUCCAUGAACAAAAUGGACCAUAUUUUCCUUGUCAUUUCUUCUCACCAACAAACCAAUAUGGACCUUCUGGGGACUCUAUAUCUGCUAUCAAUUCAAUGAAGGAGAUGGUGAAAAAAUUGCAUGCCAAUGGAAUAGAGGUUUUACUGGAAGUUGCUUUCACUCAUACUGCUGUGGGAGGAGCACUGCAGGGUAUUGAUGAUUUAUCGUAUUAUUAUUCUAAUGGAGUUGGGGAUUCAGAAGCAACCAAUUCUCUAAAUUGUAACUACCCCAUUGUGCAACAAUUGAUUUUGGAUAGUCUUCGCUAUUGGGUGACUGAGUUUCAUGUUGAUGGAUUUUGUUUUAUAAAUGCUUCAUCUCUGAUGAGAGGGUUUCAUGGAGAGCACUUGUCUCGUCCUCCUUUGGUUGAAGCAAUAGCUUUUGACCCUUUUCUCUCAAAAAUCAAGAUCAUUGCAGAUUGCUGGGAUCCCCAUGACAUGCUACCAAAGGAAGCUCAUUUUCCACAUUGGAAAAAAUGGGCAGAAAUCAAUACAAAGUUUUGUAAUGAUGUGAGAAAUUUUUGGAGGGGCGAGGGUCUUCUGAGUAGCCUGGCAACACGGCUUUGUGGGAGUGGGGACACCUUUUCAGACGGGCGAGGCCCAGCAUUCUCUUUUAAUUUUACUGCUAGAAGUUUUGGACUCACUCUUGUGGACCUGGUCAGCUUCAGUAAUACUGAUGCAUUAGCUUCACACUUAAGUUGGAACUGUGGGGAAGAAGGGCCUACAGACAACACUGCCGUCCUUGAAAUGCGACUUAAACAAAUACGUAAUUUUCUAUUUGUCUUAUAUAUUUCAUUGGGUGUCCCUAUACUGAACAUGGGAGACGAGUGUGGCCAAUCUUCUGGUGGUUCCCUUGCAUAUGCUGACAGACAACCUUUUGAUUGGAAUGCUCUAAGAACAGGUUUUGGUAUUCAAACUACGCAAUUCAUCUCAUUUUUGAAUUCACUAAGAAUGAGGCGAAGUGACCUACUUCAGAAAAGGAGCUUCUUGAAAGAAGAAAAUAUUGACUGGCAUGGAAAUGACCAAUCUCCACCUAGAUGGGAAGAUCCAUCCUGCAAAUUUCUGGCUGUGACAUUGAAGGCUGACAAAGUGGAGUGCCCCUUGAACUCCGAAUCUUCACAUCUAAGGGGCGAUUUAUUUAUUGCUUUCAAUGCAGCUGAUCAUUUAGAGAGUGUUAUUCUACCCGAGCCUCCAGAAGGGAUGUCUUGGCGGCGUUUAGUUGACACAGCUCUUCCAUUCCCAGGGUUUUUCUCAAUCAAUGGUGAACCCAUUCCUGAGCAGAUGGAGGGACUAGCUGCUUAUGAGAUGAAGUCUCACAGUUCUGCUCUAUUUGAAGUUGGCAGCCCAAGUAACCAAACCACUCCCCCUUUCAAAAUACAAAGUUGAGCUUCAUCAAAUGGCAUAUGGAGAACACAUACACUGAGAGAGAGAUAUUAAUUAGUUUUAAUAUGGUUAAUUUCUGUAGAUGGGUUUUGGACCUGCUUUCUUCUCCUUAUAUGCUUUGUAAAUCAUUUAAAACUGUACUUUUGUAUGUAGAUAUAUAUAUAUAUAUAUAUAUAUAUAUA